GUCUUCUCCCCUCGUGUAGCUGAGAGGAAGGAAAGGAAGAAAGAGAAGUAGUCAGCUCAAAUGUGCCUCGCAGCGCUGCCGGGGCGCGGGGGCUUGGCUGGAAGAAUCUAGUUUCCCUUCGGUGGCAGGAAAAGGAGCCACGGGAGGAGGCAGAGACGGACACACAGACAUGCCCGUCCCGUCAGGCUGCUGGCUCCUUCUCCUGUGCCUCGCUGCCGCUGGCAAGCAGCUGUCACUACAAAUCACUCCGCCGUGCGAGAGCGAACAACACUAUGAGUACUCUGGACGGUGCUGCAGGAAGUGUGAGCCAGGGAAAUAUUUGUCUGCUAGAUGCACUGCUACUUCUGAUAGCGUGUGCCAACCAUGUGGCCCAAACGAGUAUAUGGAUGUCUGGAAUGAAGAAGAUAAAUGCUUGCUACAUAAAAUAUGUGAUCAAGGGAAGGCCUUGAGAGAAGUGAACCCAGGGAACAGCACGUUCCAGCGGCAGUGUGCUUGUACGAUGGGCUACCACUGGAGCGAGGAUUGCGACUGCUGUCAGCGGAAUACCAUGUGUGCUCCCGGACUCGGAGUCAAGCCUCCUGUGCAACAAGACAGGGACACAAUGUGCAUACCAUGUCCCAGAGGCUACUUCUCAAAGGUCUUCUCAUCCACCGACGAGUGUAAAUCCUGGACCAACUGUACAGCUCUAGGAAUGGAAGAAAGCGUGCCUGGGACUGACAAGUCUGAUGCAGUUUGUAAAGAACGGAAGAUGCCUGAACCAUCAGAAGAUGGUUUGUGUCCUCGUAUGGAUUGCCGGUUGGAAAGUAGGAGGGAUGUGAUUACUAGAGGAACAAAUAGAAUCUUAUACGUGUUGAUUGUCAUCUUGUUCUUUGUGACACUAAUUGGCAUUGUCGUCUUCAUCGUGUACUACAAGAAGAAGGGAAAAAAGCUGACAGCAGAUCUACAGAACUGGGCUAAUGAAGUGUGCAGCCAAAUAAAAGGAACAAAGGAACCCCCCAGAGAUGCAUUUGUUUCUGUGAACAUCACAAAUGCUGCUGUCCCCCAGAGGGCUGAAGACACGUGUCUCCUGGUCCCCUCGGGCUGUCCUGUCCCUGGAAAUUCGUGCUGCACUUCUGGUCACACUCCUUGCAGGAAUGAGAGCCCCAGCACAGAGCCUUGUGAGCCAGGAGAGUUUUCUGUGGUAACCGAGACUGAUGAUUACCAAUUCCCACCAGUUCCCACGGAAGAUGAAUACAUGGAUAAGGAUCUUAAUAACACUGAUUAUUUAUCUUUACUAAGUCAGACUGCCAGUAAAACCGUGUCAUCAUUUUCAGAACCAAUGGAGGCAGGGGAGAAUGACAGCUUGAACCAGUAUUUUUCAGGUAUUGGGAGCACAGAGGAUGUAUCAGUCUCUCAAGGCUUUCACCCUCCUUCCAACACAAAUGGGGCACACAUUGCCACGGACCAACUUCUACAGAAAUCUUGCCAACAUGCCCACAGUUGCCCCAAGGAAACAGGCAACAAAGACACAGAACAUUUUGCAACAAACUGUGACUCAGAGAAGAUCUGUGUGAGGUGUGGCAUUUUGUACAGAGAAUCUCCCCAAAAGUGUAGCAAACCCUGCUGUGCUGCGGCUGACAGCACCUCCACCGCCCCAGAAACUGGUUCCUGUACCCAGUGCACCUGUGGUUUGAAUUUUCUCUCUGCUGGUCAGAGCACUCUAACAAAUGAUCUUGGUGUGGAGGAUGUACCUUCAGACAGUACCAACAUGAAGUACCAGAACACAAACAGAAGCACUUCAGGGACACAUGGAAGCACUUCAGGGACAAGCAGCAGCACUUCAGACCUCCCUCCAGCAUCUGGAAAUGUGACUGGAAACAGCAACUCCACCUUUAUUUCAAGUGGACAAGUAAUGAAUUUCAAGGGCGACAUCAUUGUUGUCUACCUUAGCCAAAACUCUCAGGAGGGGGCGACGGCCUCGGGGCUGAGCGAGGAGAACGUGGGCAGCCCCGUGCAGGAGGAGAACCUCAGCCGCUGCGAGACUUUUGCCGGCAAUGCCCAGCACUACAAGGAGAAGUGUGCGGAGCUGCAGGGCGCCCGCCCGGCCCCAGGGAGUGGGGGGCCACGGUGGCCUGGUGGAGCCCUGGCCCAGGAGCGGGGCCCAUCCUGUGGUGGACAAGCCUUCCAGCCCGUGCAGGAGGAAGGGAAGCUGGGACACUUCUCGGAGAAGGUGUUGAACUGAGGGGGCACGGUGUCCUCGCUGUGGGCCAGGGCACCGGCACACAGCCCCUGACGAGGCUGCUGCCAUGCUGCCAAAAUCCUGGGUGUCACGACAGACUGGGAGACUGCUGCCCCUGGUGUCUCCUGGGAACUUUGACAGCUGGAAGGACCCUCAUGGCGCACAUGUCAGUGGUGGUGGUGGUGGUGGUGCUCUGGGCGGAGGUGGCCGAUGGGGAUGGGCGCACGCGUGAAGCCAGGCACGCUGCCCCUGUUGCAGAAGCAGCAGCAGGGCUUUCUCCUCUCCCCCAGAGGGAGAUGGGCUCCCUGCCUGCCCCCCAUUCCCUGCCACCUCUCCCUAGCAAGUGGCAAAAGGGAACUGAGAUCUGUUGAUCUGGGGACUCUCUGAGGCGGAGAGCACUGCUGGCCAGGUGUGCAGGGUGCUCCUGGAGAGGGGACAAUAUGGCCACGGACUGGAUUCAUGGGGGCCCCUGAGUUCUGCCUCAGGGUUUCUUUUUUGCAACUAAGCUCUACCCAUUUUGCUGGGUCUUGGAGGUGGAAGGAAGCCAUGGUGCUGCUACAACCUUUACCUCCCUGCGGUGAUGUGGCAGGUGGCAUCAUCCCUUCCCAUCUUUUCCCAAGGAAGCAGACACUCCAGUCCCAAAUCAGCAAUCAGCACCAGAGCCAAGGUCCUGGGCUGCCCCUUAUUGACUUGUGUGUGUGUAAUGCUGCCACAGGCAGAUGAUAGCAUGCAAAAUACAGAUGAUAUGCUUUAAAAGCAUGUCAGAUUAAUCUCGAGCAAAGAGCAUUCAUAGUGACCCUGAUUCACCUCUGCCUUACUGCACCUCUCCAGAGGAGUUCAAACCUCUGGAGAUGAGAGUGAUGUGUGCCUGGUACACUGCUGCUACAGGAAUAACAUCACUAUAAUUUAAGACAAAGAGCUGCUAGAAGGUGGAAAAAGAGUCUGUGACUACCAGCUGUGCCUAUUUCCUGAGUUACAGGAGAGGGAGGGAUUACCCAAAGAUGGAGAAUUUGGUCAGGGUCAAACACUUGUUCUUUUAUCUGCCCAAACAAUUUUGUCAUUCACUUUGCUAUUUUCAUUUAUAGGCAGAGAUUUACUUUAGGUAGCAUGAAGCUAUUUCCAGAACCUGGCCUGUGUAAGCUGAAGUCAGAGAGUAGCCUCUGUCACACUGAGAGCUGAUGAGCAAUGGGAGCAAAGGUUUGGCAUUAAAGAAUAAUAGUAGUUGUAUUUAGAAGGGAAUCUUGGCUACUCGGCUGGCUUUGGUUCAUGUCCAAUAUCCUACAGCCUUCUCCAGUAGCUACUGUGGAGAGAAAAAUGAAGGGAGCAGAGUCUUAAGGAGCUCCCAAAAGAAAAAGAUAAUAUUUUUAAUGAUUUCCUGACAAGGGAUAAUUUUCUGACAUUCUCCUGCAGAUGUAAGUGCUGCAGGAAUCUAUCUGCAGCUGAAGCCUUCAGGAGAGCAAGUGCUCUGUUUCCUGCCAGACAGCAAAGGGAUCUCCUAGUGCAGUUUUGGCUUCGCUGAUGGAAAACGUCUCUGGUUGGGAGGGCUUCUCCCCAGAAAGAUUUUAAAGCUGAGGGGUUUACUGCAUAGCUGCUGUUUGCAGAAGUACUUCUCUGUGGGGAAAGAGCACCUACAAAGCUGGCAGUGUGAUCACUGUGUCACAAUGAGCUUCUCAUGCAUAAAACAAAAGGAUGGGCUUAGCCACCUUCACCUCUCCGGAUAAUAAUUCUGCAUUGUUUAUACAUCUGGGAUGUAAAGUUCAGUACAAAUGUUCAAGACUGUCUCUUAAGUGACUGGUAAAAAGGGAAAAUGAACAGCCAGUCACUUCCACCUCUGUGUGGCCUUUGAAAAACUAGAUCACCCUAGCCUAGACUCAGACAGGCAGGUAGAAUGUCCCAUUCAGUGAUGGCCCCAGCUACCUCUGCCUCUCUGAAGGUGUGUGACUGAGGCUCUCUUGUCUGUGGUAUUCUUUUGUCUUUCCUGCUGGAUCUUUUGCAACCUCUUUCUAGUCUCUUCUGGAGUAGUUCUGUAUUCCCUAGGCACUGGUACAAUAGGGACAAGGAAGCAGAACUACCAUCACCUUCAGGCAAGGUGGUAUAGAUAUUUUCCUAGUUCAUCUUAAUUUCAGUUGCUUUUUUCUGGAAAGCAUUCUCCAAGACAUCAGUCCUGCUGGAAGGCAUCCAACCAGCCCCAUUCACAGGGCAGGCAGGACUGAAUUCUUGCACUCAUCCCUGGGUAAAUUACCCAGGUCUGUCUUCUUCUCCUUCUGCAGUUUCUUUCUUCCCUUGGUUUGUAACUGCCACCAGAGAGCAGGCUCAAAAUCCUGGUUUGAAGGGAGACAAUGGGAAUUUACUAUGUGUCUUCAGUGAGGACACAUUUUUCACUUGUUGAAUUUCAGAUUCCUACUAAGCAAGGACUGAAACUAGGAUCAUCAGCAAACAUGAAGAAAUGAGUCCCAUAUGGGAAACAUGAUGCACUAACAGACCUAGUUCUUUUUCUUCCUCCAGAGUCUUUUUCAAAAUUAAAAAACAGUAUCACAGCCAUUAGCAUGCUGCAUGUUCCCUGGGUCUCUGCCUGGGUCUCCUUAGACAAGGAUCCCAAAGGGACUUCUUCAUCCUCAUGAUUUCAUUUGUAAUCAGUUUGGAGCUGGGAGUGGAUUUUAGCAUCUAUUUGUACAACAGGGACCUGUGCAUUGGGCACUAAUUUGGAAGCUUCUGGCUGCUAUUGUAAUACACAUAAUUAAUGGUAAUAAAAAUCUGAAAUAACUAUUUGAGAAAAGGUGAAGGUUUUAUUUAAAUAAAUAGGGAAGUACCUUAUUAUAUGCCAUUGCCUGUUUAAAGAAAAAUAAAAAAGAGCAAAAUGUGAGUAAGAUUACAUUUCUAGUUAGGCUUUUGUAACAUUUUUUGUAUGUUGAAUUAUUUUAACAAGAAGUGCUUACCUUCCACAGUGUGUUCUGCAAUGCAUAUUCUGCACCUGCACCAAGCUAGAUAGGAGCUCUCAUAGACCUGAUGUGGUAAUGCUUUACUGCUGAGAACUAGGCACCAAUUCCAACUCAUUCCUGAAGUUUCCUCCUGCACAACAUGCAUUUUUACAAGUCUUUUAGUCUGAGGAGUCACAUGAAUUAUCUUUGGUGAAUACACUAAGUGUUCUUGAAAGUCAGACACUUUCAGACCUGGCAGAACAGGAGUAAUUCUGCAUGUAGCCGUGGGAAAACAAGGGCACUGGAGCAGCCUUUCUUAUCCCCAUGGAACACAAUAUGGCACUGAAGAUCAAUAUAGACAGUAAUCGUUGUUAAUCUGUGUACUUUGCUACAUAUUCACACAGAGACUGGAAGUUCCUCUUCAAGGCUUACAGCAUACCUGGGAGCAGCACCACUAAAAUGUCAUUUCUACUUGUCCAUUCAGGUUUCCUCCUUUUUAUCAUGUUGAUGGUAUCUGAGCAAUUGCACCCCUGUGUCUAUCAUGAAACAGAACCCUGCUGAAAGAUAUCUUUGUGCUUAUCAGGUAUUUAAUAGAGCUCUCAUUUUAUCAGAUACCUCCAUGCACAUUAGGCAGCAGUGCCCUAAAAAUAAUCUACUGUGAGUGGAGAAUUCCCUUCAGCAGCACCUUGGCAGACCCCAGCAUAUAUCCCUGUUUCCCAUUGCUCUCACUUAGAUAGUGAGGUUGCUGGGUUUUUCCUUCUGCCAGGCAUCCAAGUUGGUUGUGCCCUCCAAGAUGAUUGUGUUGUCUCUGCAGCAUUUCUUCAGUCUUGCCUUCAGGCCCUCCAGCUGACUUGUCAAAUUGUUAAACAUCUGUUGUGUUGUAAACUGUGAGCAUUCAUAAGCAUGAACUUUGUGAAAAAAUGCUUUAUGACAAUUCUCUACAGUUUUGAACAAGGCAAUGGCCACAUAACAUUAAGGAACCCUGUUGCCGUAGGUGAGGAUGCCCAAAUGUCCAGUGAGACAUGCUUUAACACUGUUUUUUUUAUUUCUUCUUCUUCUGGCUAGUUGCCUUAUAGUUUCUUUGUUUUAGCUGAGGAUUACCACAGCUCUUCUGGUUCAUUUCUUAGCCUGCCUCACCACUUGGUUGGUCCCUGGGCGUUGCACCAGUUUUCACUUGAAUCAAAGUUGACAGGUCUGUUCCCUCAUGUUUCUAUUGGUGGUCUCACAUUUCUAUAUAAUAUAUGAAUAUGGUCGUACAUGAAAUUACUCCUAUUUCAGCUUCACAGGAACUGUUGGAAAGGUUUCCAAGGAGAACAAAGGAGCUCUGGAGUGUUUGGGACCACCUGUACAAGUGGGACAUACACAAGUCAAUGGGACAUGGCAGAAUGCAUCCAAAGCUGCUGGGAGGGCUUGCCAGUGUCAUUGCAGAGGCACACUACAACAUCUUUGAUAGUUCAUGGAGUUUGGGGGAAGUCCCAGCUGACUGGAAAAGGGCAAAUAUUACACCCAUCUACAAAAAUGGAAAAAAAGAGAUUUGGGAAAUUACAGAUGAGUCAACCUCACUUCGGUACCUUGAAAAAUUAUGGAGUGGACUCUCCGGGAAGCUAUUUCUGGGCAUGAAGAAGAGGGCAAUUGGGAGAAGCCAGCACAUACCUCAGCUAAAUCAGCCCUGUUCCACUGUCAGCAGUUAUUUGCUUCAUCACUAAUUCCAUAGAGACUUGGAAGCAUGACCUUCCUCUUGAAGAUCUAGGCAAAGAAGGCAUAAAGGAAUCUUCAGGUCUCUUUCUGUCAUUUGUAAUUAGCUGGCCAACCCCACUCAACAGUGGGCCAACCUUUUCCUUGUCCUGCUUGCUAACACACAGUACAGGAUGUUGGUACUUGCGUGCUAUUCUUGACAUCUUUUGCCAGCUCAGGCUAUGGCUGGACUUUAACCUUUCCCUCUGCAUCUCUGCAUGCCUGAGUGGUAUUUUUAUAUUCUGCUUUGGAAGCCUGUUCCUUUUUCCAUCACUCUCAUGUUCCUUUUUUUGCAUCUGAGUUCUUUCAGUUUCUCACUGUUUAACCAGGCUGGUUUCUUGCUGUGCUUGCUUAAGUGGAUGAACUGCUCUUUUGCUUGGAGAAUGCUAUCUGAAAGUCUCCCAGUGAUCCUCAACACCUUUGGCUUUCAAGGCAGACUUCUGGGAUACCUCCUGACAGCUCCCUCAGCAAGAUGAACUCUGCUCUUAAGAAGGUCUGGGGUUUUACUCUGUUACUUACCUUCUUCACACUCCUUAGGAUAAUCUUAUCAGUGCAGCCAAGGCUGCCACUGCCAGUCUUCAGUUAUUUGAAGAAUAUUUUAUCUUUCCACAUCAGGUCUUCCAUAGCAGACAGCUACCACAAGCACUUCCUUUAUGGUGACUCCUCUGAUUUUGACCCAAAGACACCCAGCUGAUCUGUCCCCUUGCCCAUGUCCUCAAAUCACUCUUUUACGUCCUUCUCGUCCACCUUUUCUGUUUUUCUCAAAAGCUUAGAAGCUGCUGCCAUUUCCUUAGCUGGUUUCUAAAAUGAUAGGAAAACCUAACAUUUCACCAAGUGUCCCACUGUUGUGCCUUUGUCUGGUUACAGGUCAACAAACUUUAUCUUGUACCUGAAAAUGGGCCUUGAAAUUUCCCACCUAUAAGAAGGGGAGGGUGAGAGGCAGGGGAUGAAGCUCGUAAAGAUGUGUUCCCUCUUCCCACUGCCAUGUAGAGGUGUUGGGGGAAGACAGCAACUUGCUUCUUCUGGAAAUGGCAUCAUGGCCAGCAGCAACCUGGAGGCUUGGUCAUGUCCAGUGUCCAGUAUCAGGUGUUAUCUGAUGAGAUCUCAGUCUCCUCUGUCCUGCAGGGGAAGAAACAGCUGGCAACUCAUCCAGAGUUUCCGUCAGAUGAAAUCAGGCCUGUGUGUGUCUCUCUCAAAAAAAAUCAGUGAAUACAAAAUCAACUGAAAUUUGGCAUAAGCAGCACAUGAGGACAAACCAUUUCAAAUGCAGAAACCACUGCAUCAAUAGGCUGUUCCUAUUGAUCAUUACUGGGUUAUAAUGGAAGGCUAUUUAUACGAAAUCUCAGUUAUUUGAAGCACCUCAAAUGAGUAUCUAGGUGAUUUUUAGCAUGCAGGCCUGCCAUUACAGUUCUCAAUUACAUAUCCUUAGGAAGCAGCUUACUUUCUUUAUUCUCUCUGGUUUUGUUCAGUUUUAACAUUCAUUUAUUUCCCUGUUAGUGUUGUAGGCACCACUCAAACACAAAAGUUCUUGCUCUCUGUGGGAAAUACAAAACAGUUUCCCCAGGGACAUUUGCCUUUUGCAUCAUUUCAGUUCUUUGUCGUUUUUUUUUGCAAGCUUAGCUGGUCAUAAAUGAGCUAGACAACAGAUGGUAGAGCUCAUGCUAUAACACAGAAAAUUUUAAUUUAACAGGGGUUUCCACUUAAAAAUGCAGCUGUCCACUGGUGCGCGGCCAAAUUUUCUUCUGAGAACACUCUUUGAAUGUACUGGAGAGUGAGAUGGAUGCAAGUAGCUCUAAUGAUUGUCUCAGCAGGCUGCUCAUAAAUGUUUCCUGCAACCCCUAUUCUUUUCAUCCACACCCCAUAGAUCCAACCUGUCUGCUGGAUGGGCCACACUUCAGGGAUACAUUAGAAACCUGUCCAGUUCAUUGGCUUCAUUUACACAAAACAAUCAUUGCCAGGAUUUUGUCCCCUUUGUCUGAAGGGAUGCUCCAAGUAUGGCAGAGGAAUAAAAAAAUAAAUCCACUUAAAUGCUUGGAUUUUCUCAGUCAGGCUGGCCUACUAUAUUUAAAUAUUGAUACCCUUUGAGUCUGUUCUCUUCAAAGUUGUAUUCUUUCACAGGUCCCAUUUGGGUCCACUGCACUACACUUCUGUCUGCUCUGUAGGAAAUGCUACAGCUGGUGGUUUGUUGAUGAAAAAUACUAGAAAUCAGAUUAGUGUUUUUUGUUCUUACUUAGGAGGAGAUGGAAAAACACACUCAAGAAUUCUGUCCCAUUAAUAAUUUUUAAAAGUCUUGUAAGUCUUGUUUCCUUUUGGAUCUUCAUGUUUUGGUUACUUUGACAGUAACAACUUUUCCACACCACCACUUUUUUUCCUUUGCCAGAUAAUUGUGUGUUGCUGAGGAUGGCUGAGGGGCAGGAUUGCUCUAAAUUAAAGAUGGACUUUAUUUCUAAGUAAAAUACCACACAUGGUUCCUUUACUUGAUGAAUGGACACAAAAAGCUUUGCCCUGCUUUAUUGUGACCAGAAUAUGCCUGCUGCAGGGACUGUAGAGCUGUUGACAUGAUUCCUUUGGAGUCCAUGCGGAUACACUAAACAAAGCAAAUCACAGCCACAACUUUUUUAACUUGCAUGUGAAUAACAUCAGCUGCUCUCUUUCAAAGAGCAAAGAUAUGCCUGGGUUUGGGUGGUUUAUGGGUUUGGGUUUUGGUUUUUUUCCCCCUUCCCUCUAGUUUUCUUUCCCUGUCCUAAGCUCAUCAUUCCUUUUUCAGUGUAAAUACAAAGGUCAUGGUUUUCAGUA